AUGUCAAAACCAACAACAUUUUACUUGACAUUAGUGUUUCGAUUAAGGUACCAGGUUUUGGGUUUUCAAGAUUGCUCCCCAAUGAUGCUCAAGGACAAGAGUGAUGUGUAUAGCUUUGGGGUUGUACUUAUUGAGCUGAUAUCAUCCAUGGCAACAGUUGAUGCAGCCAAGGAAAGAGAUGAAGCUAACUUGGCAAAUCUUGCCAUGAAAAAGAUGCAAAAUGUAAAGCUUAGUGAGCUUGUAGACCAAUCCUUUGGGUUUGAGUCAGACCAAGUAGUUAAAAGGAUACUAACUUCAGUAGCAGGGUUGGCCUUUCGGUGUGUGCAAAGAGACAAUGAAUUAAGUCCUUCUAUGGAUGAAGUUCUGGAAGCACUCAACAAUUUUCAAAAUGAGAAUUAUGAGUCUGAGAAUCUAGAGAAAGAAGAUGAUGAUGGUGUUAUCUCUUCCACUUCAUCCACCGAAGUACAUCCACCCCAGCCAGCUUCACAGGACUCGGGUCAAGUUGGAAUUUUAAUGAAUAAUAAGCUACCAAGUUCACUGAAUUCCUUGACUGAGAAACUGGAAGGGUGGUACGUGGAUCUAGAACUGGCUAAAAGAGUUAGAAUCAUGCAUAUACAAGUUUUAAUUAGUUAUGAAAUUUUAUAA